AUGCAGUACCUUGAGCAGGUGGACAGCCUCUUACACAUAAUCAAUGCUUGCCGCUCAGGUGAUUGGGAAGGUUACUUGGCUGCGUUAGAAAACAUCAUCAAGUAUUUCUUCGCCCACGACCUCUAUGCUCGCCUUAUGCCUGUCCAUCUUGCACAGAUGAACGCUCUGGAGCAGGACGACCCAGUGACAUGGGAAGCGUUAAAGGUAGGAGAGUUUGUUGUUGCAAAAUCAGAGGUCCCCUUCACCUACCUUUUCACCGACCAGACCCUUGAACAAAAGAUCAAAGGAUUGAAGCGUCACGGCGGAAUGGUUGGAUUAAGUCAAGAUGAAACUGGUUUGGACCGACUAGUUACCACCACACCUCAUCUCGCUCGAAUCGUUAAGCAGUACCUCAACAGUUUUCCUAAAGAAUCCAGUUCUUCUCAGCGUAAUGAAGCUCAUUAUGUCUCUCAAGGAGAUUUUGUCUUCGUCAAAGACCAAGAGUAG